AUGAAAGAACAGCGGUUUCAAGUCACUGCAAACCUAGAGUCAGCACUCAGACAUUUGAGACACGAAGAUGACUUUCGGACUAUGUGGAUCGACGCUAUCUGCAUUAACCAGUCCGACACAGAAGAGCGCACGCAACAAGUCGCUAUGAUGGCCGAAAUAUACUACAACGCUGCGCGCGUUCUGAUCUGGCUCGCCGACCUCAAAUAUCUACUCAAUCCGCAAGUCCUCACAUUCGUCGACGCGCUUGUAGAAGAGAUUAAGCAGUUGACCGGCUUGGGACACGAUGAGCUUCUGGAUUCACAUGAUGUAGAAAUCCUUAGGCGAAAGUUGAGCGAGUCGAUGCGGCCUUCAGAAAACCUCGAUGAGGGAUGGCGAACUCGUUACCAAGCGAUGGCUAUUGCUUUAUCACACUUUUUCAGCCUCCCUUGGUUUAGACGCAUAUGGGUCCUACAGGAAGUUUUCUACUCUUCCUCGUCAACGUGGAUCCGGUACGGAGAAUGGCGAAUGCAGUGGGAGUUUGUUGUGCUCGCAAGUGCAUGGCAACGCCAAGCGGUUUAUCGAUAUCGCGACCUCUCUAUGGACAGCGUUCACAUGUUAUUUCUCUUGCCCCUGUGGGAGCGUAUCAUGUCGCCUGGGAAACUUCAGGGUCUGAAAAUAUUAGACGUUUUGGUCCUGGCGAGGGGUUUCUACGCUUCUGAUACACGCGAUAAAAUCUAUGCGCUGCUUAGUCUGGCCGGAGACACGGAUCAGGUAAACAAUCUACCGCCAAACAUGCGUCCAGAUUACGCGAAGCCUGCGGUGCAGGUAUAUACGAGGUUCACGCGUGGAUGGAUCGACCAAAACCGCUCACUAGACAUUAUAUCCCUUGUCGAUUUCUAUACGCGCCCCGGAUACUCCCCCUGCUUCGAUUUUGUCAAUCUUCCAACAUGGGUCCCGAACUUUUACGAAGCUCAAUUCACAGAACGCAUCCUCGGACAAGUGCGUGGGUUCCGCGCUUCGGCGCAAUCAAGAGUAAUCGUGCAUCCCUCUACACUAGAAGAAUCCCUAUGUAUUCAGGGAAUCCAUUUUGACAAGGUGGCGGGUGUACUCCCGACUGAAUUUCCUCAUUCUUACGACAAAGUAGACGAUGUAGUCACGCACUUGCUGCUAGAGGUCGUUCGUGCGCUGUGGCUGUUCACCGUCGAAAAUGUGGCUACCCCCUAUCCCACUGGUGAGGACAUUUUGGAAGCAUACCUCAAGACGCUGAUCUGUAAUACCGACCGGUUUGACAAAUACGAGGAUCCUCCCCAAGCGCUCGACACGGAUUUAUUAGCCACGCCAGUAUCGCAGCCUAUACACUAUCACGAUGUAUCUCCGUCAUCCCGCUCUCCAGAUAGCAAUCCUGAUUCGUCUACUCAGAGCCUUGCCCCCAUCGACCAAGCAGACUUACCUCGUUCCAUAAGUGCAAGGCCAGGUUACACGGGUUCUGAAAUCUUGUUCGCGGAUUUUGCUGCCUCCUGGCAUACAUUCGAUCCUUCCUUCUCAUCUCUUCCACCCUCGUACCAGAGUUUGCUCCAAGCUAUUGCUCCCUAUGGCAGUAGCUUCGACUUUGGAGUGCUAGUGGGGAGCUUCUGUCUUAAACGCACAUUCUUCGUCACUGCAAAAGGCUAUCUGGGACUCGGCCCCCAUCUCACCCAGAUCGGUGGCCAUGUCGUUUUGCUAGCCGGUGGAAAAGUCCCCUUUAUCUUAAGGACUGGGAUAGAUAAAUCAGAAUCAGGAGCAGAAGCUGGCACAGAGGCGAAGGAGCCAUGGUUCUAUUUCAUCGGCGAAUGUUACGUGCACGGCAUCAUGGACGGCAGUGCCUGGGAAGAGGCGGAGAGGAAUCGUGAUGAGUUUCCGCUGCGUGUGUUUGAUAUCAGGUAG